AUGCCCCGAAGAAACACCCGGGCUGGAGCUCCUGUUAACUCGACUGUUGAGUUGCCAGCCGAAACUGGGAAUAACCGAGCCCUCGCAACGGCUCGGACUCAAAAUCCUGGUAACACACAGAAUGUUCCCGAGCUAGCACAGGCAAACUCAGCACCUUCUAGACGCCAAAAUGGAUGGCAGCCACCAUCACCCAUACGGCAUCCUCCGUCGCCAAUAAGAUAUCUAUCACCGCCUCGAAGAAACACACAAUUGACUCAGGGUGAUAAGGAAAGGCGGGCUGGACAAAAACAAGGGAAUGGCAAAAUAGCUAGAGAACAGAGAGGCGCUCAGCCUACGAGAAGCCAAAUGUCUCGGUCUCACACUAUAGAGACGAGACAACCUGAAAGGAACCCAUCUCAAAACAACCAUGCAACGAGCCUUGCCAGCGAAGGCUCAGAGGACACUAGAUCAGCACUUAUCACUAUUAGUCAUGCUCAACACCGAGCAGUAGACUAUAAAGAAUUGGUCAAAGUCUUGAAUGAUCAUUUGGUGGAAUCCCAAGCGAAGAUAGAGCACCUGACCAAAUCUGAGAAAGACCUUCAAGAAAAAACUGAGCAGGCAGAAAAACUAGUUGCUGACCGAGAUAGAGCAUUAAAGGAGUUGACUGAUGAGAACAACAAACUCAUCCAAACCAUCAAGAAAUUAACCGAUCAGCAGGAGAAAAAUGUUCAAGAGAUCGAGGAGUUGAAGCAGGAUAAGGAAGCUGAUCUCGCUCGCUACGAAGAAAUCUACUUCAACUGCUUCUACCAGAUUUGGAAGCUAAACAAACCUUUCAACCUUGAAUUUCUUUCUGAAGAAGAAAAAGCCAAGGAGCUUGCCAAAUGCGAAGCCAAGGCUGCCGAAGAGGCAGCCCUUCCAGCUGGCAUCGUGCCUGCCUCUUCUGCUCUAUCUUUUCGACUCGAGGAAGCCCCUGAUGAUGAAGGUGUUGAUCAACCAAGAAACAAUCUUUCCGACCAGUGA